CAGCUCCUGUGCCUGUUAUGUAAAGAUAACGGGCAGUCAUCGCCUGGUGAGGAUGCUGCUGAGGAGGAGAUGUGUGCGUGCAUGAUUUUGCUGUUUAUUUGAUGGGCUUGCGCGUGGGUUUCCACGCUCGUGCGUGUGAAAUAAUUGGGAUUUGGCGUUAAUCUGCUGGAUUUGACGCGAAGGAGGGCUAGGAGCACAGAGCCCGCCCUUAAAAGAUUACUGCUGCCUGCAGAAGACACGUCCACUAAACACGGAAUGUGUUCUUUCGGGUGCUCUGCGGAACCGACGCGAGAGAAGAGCGGAUUCUUGUCAUGAUUUAACCCACGCUAAUUGUCACUAAAGCGGCCAUCUGCGCACGCUGACGUGGGCUAACUCUUCGCUGAAAGCUCGUAGAGGGAAAGAAGGGGGAAAGAAGAGGGAGCGAGCUGAAGUCGAAAACGGCCAAGUCAAACGCGGCGUUCACGCGAUGCCAUCCGCUGAGGAAGAGGCACGAGCAGGCAUGAGCGGAGGCACCCCGCUUUCCGGCCAAGCCCCCGCAGGAGAACGGGCUGUGGGCGCCCUGUGGUCCUUCGCCAAAUGCCUGAGUGCGCUCCUGCCCGUUUACCUGGCCGGAUAUUAUGGCAUCAGCAUCACCGUGGUCCUGAUCGGGCUCAUGGUCUACAUGGGCUGGAAGCACGGCCGACUGGAUAAAGCGAGGAGGCUCAACGCUGCCAUGUACCUCCUGGAAAACGAGAUGGAAUUCACGACGGAGAAGCUUUCCAGACUCAAACGAGAUCUGCCUCCCUGGGUGAACUUUCCAGAUGUGGAAAAAGCAGAGUGGCUGAAUAAGAUCUUUCAGCAAGCAUGGCCCUUCAUAGGCCAGUUUCUGGAAAAGCUAAUUCUGGAGACCAUCGCUCCAGCCAUCCGAGCCUCCAGUAUUCACCUGCAAACCCUCAGCUUCACCAAGGUCAACCUAGGAGACAAGGCUUUGAAAGUGGUUGGCGUAAAGGCACACACAGAACACGAUAAGAGACAAGUCAUGUUGGAUUUGUAUCUCAGCUACGCCGGUGACGUCGAGAUCAACGUAGAAAUAAAAAAAUACUUUUGCAAGGCUGGAGUAAAAGGAAUUCAGCUCAAUGGCAAGCUUCGUGUGAUCCUUGAGCCUCUGAUUGGAGAUAUACCGCUGGUUGGAGCCGUCACCAUGUUCUUUAUCCGCCGACCAAAACUGGACAUCAACUGGACUGGUCUGACCAACCUAUUGGAUAUCCCCGGAUUGAAUGCCAUGUCGGACACUAUGAUAAUGGAUGCAAUAGCCUCUCAACUGGUCCUUCCCAACCGUCUCACCGUUCCCCUGGUGGCCGACCUGCAGGUUGCACAGCUCCGCUCCCCUCUCCCAAGGGGAGUUGUGCGUAUCCAUCUGCUGGAAGCUGAGGAUCUGACCGCCAAGGACACGGUCAUCAAAGGUCUGAUUGAUGGAAAGUCCGACCCGUAUGCUGUGAUUCGUGUGGGAACGCAGAUCUUCACCUCACAUCAUGUGGACAGCAACUUGAACCCACAGUGGAGGGAAAUGUAUGAGGUGAUUGUCCAUGAAGUACCUGGUCAGGAGUUGGAAGUGGAAGUCUUUGACAAAGACCCAGACCAGGAUGACUUCCUGGGCAGGGUGAAAGUGGAUCUUGAUAUUGUGAAACAAGCCAGAGUUGUGGAUGAUUGGUUCAAUCUGAGGGACGUUCCAUCCGGCAGCGUUCACCUCCGACUGGAGUGGCUCUCGCUUCUGUCCUCUGCUGACAGAUUAACUGAGGUGAUCCAGAGAAACCAGAACCUGACCAGCAAAACCGCCGAUCCACCAUCUGCUGCUAUUUUGGCCAUCUAUCUUGAUCAGGCUCAAGAUCUGCCUAUGAGAAAGGGCAAUAAGGACCCAAGCCCGAUGGUGCAAAUCUCCAUCCAGGAUACAACAAAAGAGAGCAAGACUUGCUACGGGUGCAGCAACCCUGCGUGGGAGGAAGCAUUUACCUUUUUUAUCCAGGACCCUCGCAAACAAGAUAUUGAUAUUCAAGUGAAGGAUGAUGACCGAGCAUUAUCCCUGGGCAGCCUGACCAUCCCUUUGGCCCGCCUUCUGGGGUGGCCUAAACUCACCCUGGACCAGUGGUUCCAAUUAGAGAAUUCUGGUUCUGGAAGCCGCAUCUACAUCAAAAUUGUUUUACGGGUUUUGUGGCUAAGCGAUGAUGCCACUCCCACCACUCCGUCACCCCGCCCAUUAGCUCCUGGGUCCAGCGCUGGUCAUGGGGGAAUCACAGCAGAACUAAACCCGAUGGGACCUGGUGGCCUAGCUAAACCACCCCCAUCACGCCCGCAGCACACCACGCCCGACCCUGAGUUUGCCACUGAGGGAGUGCUUCGAAUCCAUCUGCUAGAGGCCCAAAACCUAAUUGCCAAGGACAACUUCAUGGGAGGCAUGGUCAAAGGGAAGAGUGACCCCUAUGUCAAGAUCCGUGUGGCUGGAAUCACUUUCCGCAGUCACACCAUCAAAGAGAACCUCAAUCCCAUCUGGAAUGAACUCUAUGAGGUGAUUUUGACUCAACUUCCUGGCCAAGAGAUCCAGUUUGAAUUAUUUGACAAGGACAUCGAUCAGGAUGACUUUCUGGGAAGGUUCAAACUCAACUUGCGUGACAUCAUCAGUGGGCAGUUUAUUGAUACGUGGUACACUUUAAAUGACGUCAAGUCAGGCAGAGUUCACCUGCUGCUAGAAUGGCUGCCUAGAGUGGUUGAUUUACCCAGACUGGAGCAGAUUCUGCAGUACCAGUCCCAGCAGUCAUUCCAGAACAAAAUUGUUCCAUCAUCAGCCGUGCUCUUUGUGUAUAUGGAGCGUGCUCACGGCCUGCCAUUAAAGAAAAACGGAAAAGAGCCAAAGGUUGGAGUUGAGGUCAUCUUAAAAAAUGUAUCCUAUCGAACUAAGGUCAGUGAGCGGUCCACAUCGCCUCGAUGGGAUGAAGCAUUUCAUUUCUUGGUUCGAGAUCCCAGAGAUGAAACGCUCACUGUCAAGCUUUCCCACAGUUGGGGCCAGACUCUAGGCUCCCUGACUCUCACACUCAGGGAGGUGAUGGCUGAGCCAAACUUGGUGCUGGACCGCUGGCUUACCCUGGAUGGAGCGCUGCCUGAGAGUCAGAUCUUGCUGAGGGCCACUCUCAAGAUCUUGGACACUCAGUUGGCGGUGUGCCGCAGGGCCCCGGGAGAUGAGAGCAUUGGUGACACAGUCAUUCCCAGAUGGGAUCCUUCCCAUCUGGAUUUAAGGAACAGAACAGGAUUCCCAAUGGUCAGUGACGCCUCAAAUACUUCAAGCCAAGUGAAGCUCAGUGUUGGAUACUCCACAGAGGAAAGCAGACUUUUCAUCACCGUCCAUGCAUGCAGAGCCCUGAUAGCCUGCUCCAAAGAUGGUGCCGAUUCCUAUGUUACAUUCAUGCUGCUGCCUGACAAGAAAGGAACCACGAAAAGGAGAACAGCAACCAAGAAGAGGGACCUCAACCCGGAAUUCAAUGAGAGAUUUGACUUUGAUCUCUCUCUGGAGGAGUCAGCGCAGAGAAGGUUGGAUCUAUCCGUGAAGAACAGCGUCUCCUUCAUGAGUAGAGAGAGGGAGCUUAUUGGCAAACUGCAGUUGGACCUGGACCAAAUUGACCUGAAGACUGGUGUCACGCAGUGGUACGAUUUGGUACCAGAGUCAAAUUAGAAGAAUAAAUGCUGAUCUUCGGUACUAUCUACCAUUUUAGUGUUGCUUCUGUGAUCUGUGAGUUGUGUGUGUGUAUUCAGCUUAAAUAACAAUUUCCAUAUUUGCUGGAGAAAAAAAAGACAGCACAUCUACUCCACAAAAAAGCAGUCCAUCAGUAUUUACGAGGGGAAGCGAGCUUGUCAUCUAUAAAAUGUUAACUGUCAAGAAUCCUUGCUUCUUUUCAACACAUUUUUCAGUAGAAUAUUUGGCUGGAUAGAUAUUUAAUAAUGCAACUAUGUUGCACAAAUUAACAUGUUUGUAUAUGUUGCAUAUAAGUAUAUGAAAUCAUAAUAUAAAAACCUGUAAGAGUCCUUUAAAAAUUGUAUUCUCACAAGGGCUUGGUAUUCAAAGGUACGACAAUGUUGUACAAAUUUAUAGCCUCUAAUAUGACUGAAAUAAGAUUUUUUUUUUUUUUUUACAAUCUUAAUACAGAUCCCAAUAUUAUUUUGUUUGUGUGUUUAUAUUGUUGCCUUAACAGAAAAGUAUAUCGGGACAGUAUUUCAUGUUUAUGUUCCUAAUGAAGUUUUAUAUGUUUUACAUGGAGCUUUGUGAGGAAAUGUUCUUUUUAUAAAUUGAAGUAUUACAAAAUGAGAUCCUUGUGAUUAUCUUUGGCAACAGAACAAUGGUACUUUCAGCAGUCUCAAUCACUGUGCUUUUAUGAAGAAAAGACUUUGACAGUAUCAACUCAUGGCAUGCUUGCUUUCUUGCAUUCGUAGUGCUUGAUUCAACAAUUUAAUGCUGUUCGCCAUGUUUGUCACGCAAAGCAGCUGUUUCAUAAUGAGAAAUUAGUAAAUAUAGUAGGAAGUAGUGAUGGGAAUUUGUGUUGCACGGUUGUCACUUUAUCACAAAGAUUCUAUGAUGCUUGCGUGUGUAUUUGGCAAAGAAAACAGUGCUUAAGGUUUCACUGAAAACUGCUGUUUUUUGUUGUUGUUUUUUUAAAUUUAAUAUAAGUAAUAUGAUGGCGUUGAAUAAAGUUUGCAUUCCCAUGAA